AUGAGUCAUUCCGUCCCCAACCUCGACGAAAUUGGCAUGAAAGCCGAACCGGACCUAGCGGACUCCUUUCGUCGUGAAGUCGCCCAACUUCUCGGACGCAAUAAUCUUAAUUUCCCCGGCGCGCAACCUGUCAGCUUCUCAGCCAAACACCUGGACGAACUUCAAAAAGAAGAUUACUAUGUCUGCGAGAAGACGGACGGUAUCCGAUGCUUGAUGUACUUUGCGCGCGGAGACCCAGAUGCCAAGCCCGAGAUUCAUUAUUUGAUUGAUCGCAAGAACGAAUACCGCUUCGUCGAUGGCCUACACUUUCCCAUGCCGGGCGAUGAUACCUUCCAGUCUUUCCAUGUCGACACCCUCGUCGACGGUGAGCUGGUCAAGGAUACCUACGAGGAUGGAACCCAACAACUCAAAUUUCUGGUCUUCGACUGCCUGGUGCUUGAUGGACAAAGUCUCAUGCACCGCACCUUGGAUAAACGCCUGGCAUAUUUCAAGGAAAGGGUCCUCAAGCCAUAUAACAAGAUGUUCGAAACGUUCCCCGAAGAAAAGCAGCAUCGGCCAUUCGUCGUGGAGGACAAAGAAACCCAGUUCAGUUACGGCAUUGAGAUGAUGUUUCGGGAUAUUCUGCCUAAAGUAAGGCAGAUUCACGGCAAUGAUGGUCUCAUCUUCACCUGCCGCAGCACACCUUAUCGUAUUGGCACAGACGAACACAUUCUUAAGUGGAAGCCGCCGUCUGAGAACACAGUCGAUUUUCGCAUGCGCCUCGAAUUUCCCAUCCUCGAACCUGACACGGAUGACGAAGCGGACGGCAUCUCCGAAGCAUACCCAGACUACGACGCGAUGCCCAUCUGCCAUCUCUUCGUCAUGCUGAACGCCGGCGAGUAUCGACACUUUGGCGAACUGUUCGUCACACCAACCGAAUGGGAGGAUCUGAAAGCCAUGGGUGUCCCCCUGGAUGACUCAAUUGUUGAGUGCUUCAAGGAUUCUAAUUCUCGCUGGCGAUUCCAUCGUCUUCGGGACGAUAAAAUGGAUGCCAAUCACGUCUCGACUGUGGAGAAGGUCCUUGAAAGUAUAGAGGACCGCAUUACGGAGGAUGAUCUUAUUCGUAUUGCCCCGACUAUCAAGACUGCAUGGAAGAAGCGCCAAGCGGGUGGCUCCUCGGCCCAAGGCCGCAGCGGGCCCCCCCGCCGUAAAUGGUAA